UACUAGGGUGACUAAGCCUGUCUGUCCAUGGCCUUGCUCCGAGGCGCGAGGUCAGGUUCAAGCAGGUACAUUCGAUGUGUACAUGUCCGGGUGUCUGGGCGUCCGGGUGAGAGGAACAGGCGCUGGCUCGAAGAGGGUGGAGGCAAUGAGCAAAGGAUCGGCCCCCUGGCGCUGCCCCAAGCCGGCCCCUUACACACCGGGGACGUGCGAACUGCUAAGAGUGAUGAUGAAAGAAUCCAAGCUGACUAACUUCCAACAACGGCACAUCACAGACACCUUGAAGAGAGGAGACACGUUACCCCUGCAAUGCAGCCCCACAUCCAGCCAGGGGGGCUCGCCUGGGAAGCAGCCACUGCCGGCACCAGCCAUCUACCUGCCUCCCAUCCUAGCUGCCCGCUCCCAACUGCGGCCUGUCAGCCUGUGCCAAGCCAACGGGGCCUACAGCCGGGAGCAAUUCAAGCCACAGGCCACCCGAGACCUGGAGAAGGAGAAACGAAGGCUCCAGAACAUCUUUGCCACUGGGAAGGACACAGAAGAACCAAGAAGGAAGGCUCGUCCCAUGCGGCAGGAUGUCCCAGCCCCUGAGCCGGACCGCUUCGAGGAAUUGGUGCGGGAGAUCCAGGACAGGAAGGAAUUCCUGGCCGCCAUGGAGGCCCUGGGCCAAGGCCGGCAGUACCGAGUACUCAUCCUUGCUGAGAUCUCCCAGAAAAUACGGGAGAUGGAAGACAUUGACCGCAAGAGGAGUGAGGAACUCAGCAAAGCUCUUGACAUCGCUUAAUCCAGCCCUAGAGCCCAGCCUUAACCACGAGGGCCCACCCCUCAUUGGGCAGGCUCACC